UAGUUUCUCUUCUUCUUGCAGAGAGAGAUUAUCCUCUUUCCCCUUCCACCGCCACUGCGCCGCAAUUCGCCUUCGCUGCGGGCAUCUGCAGCAGCAGAAUCAUGGGCUGAAAUCGAACCACUGCGCGACAAGGUUCCGAAGAAUCUCUUCACCUCUUCUCAUCUCUCCAUGAAUCGUCGUCGGCUCUUUGCGUGAGUGGCAGUAGGGUGCCAAGGAUAACUUUAUUGUGCUGCUGAAGGAAGACAUCUUAUUGACCUGCUAGUUCUGUAGAUGAUUUUUGGAGUGCUAUAAAUAUCGAGGCGCGAGUUCGGACUGCAAGAUACAACACAAGAGUGAGAAAAGAAAGGCUUUAGCUGAGUUACAGGAUGGAACAAGGUCAGGGAGAUAGAUACUGGUGCCACCACUGCGAGGAAGUGAUCGAACCUGUGGAGCCUGAUAUGAAGUGUCCUAGCUGUGACAGCGGGUUCGUGGAAGAGAUGGGGUCUGCAGGCUUUGAGCCAUCGACCAACUUGAGGUCUGAUCGUAUCUCCCUCUGGGCACCACUGCUGCUCGGGAUGAUGGGAGGCUCAUCGCGGCGAGCAAGGCGGCUCCGAAGGCAGAUCAUGGAGGAUGAUGACGACGACGAUGACGAUGAGGAUGAUGAAGAUGAUUCAGACCAUGAGCUUGAAGACUUGUUUAGGAGGCAGAGGAGGGGCUCAUCUCUUGUAAGGCUGCUCCAGACCCUCCGGGAUGACUUGAGGGGCUUGGAUGACAUUGGCAGGGAUAGUGACAGAGACAGGGAAAGGGAGAGAAGGGAGAGGGAGAGGCUGAGGGAGCGGGAGAGGGAGAGGGAGAGGAUGAGAGAGAGGGAGAGAGAACGGAGGAGAGAAAGGACAGAAAGCUUGAUACUGAUCAACUCCAACAAUGAGGCCAUUAUUCUCCAAGGAACAUUUGGACCUGAUGACAACCAGGAUGACUCGAGCAAUACAAGUUCUGGUGUUUCACUUGGUGACUACUUUCUUGGUCCUGGAUUAGAUAUCCUCUUGCAGCAUUUGGCGGAAAGUGAUCUUAAUCGUUCUGGUACACCACCUGCCAAGAAGGAAGCUGUAGAAGCAUUGCCAACUGUGAACAUCCAGGAAGUGUUAGGCUGUUCUGUCUGUCUUGAGGAUUUCGAAAUGGGGACAGAAGCGAAGGAGAUGCCUUGUCAACAUAAGUUCCACUCCCAGUGCAUACUUCCAUGGCUGGAGCUACACAGUUCUUGCCCAAUCUGUAGGUUUCAGUUGCCUACCGAGGAGUCGAAAAACCCAUGUGAAUCAGCCGGUGGAAUUGUGUCAGUGAACGAUGAUGGAGAUGAUGCUGGUACAAGUAGUGACGUAGAUAGUGCUAACCAACCUGGUAGUCCUAUAUUCUCUGCUUUGAGUGCACUUUUCUCAAAUCCAUCAUCCUCAUCCUCAUCCUCAUCUGAUGAUAAUGCACCACACUCUUCUGAGAGCUGAAGCCAGCGCUGGGCCUGGGCUUGCAAUAUGUCAAUGGAGUUCUGAAAUGGGACUCCUGAGAGGCCGGCAUCUUUAUAUCUCGUGGUUUCUGUACAUAUUUUAAAGUUUAAUCCGCUAGACAAGCUAUUCGCGUUUCCUUUAUGAAACCUGUGUGGUUUGUAAUCAGUUUGGUGCCUGUUAUGUCUAAUUAUGUAAAAUAAAAUUUAGCCUCAAGCAUGUUUACCUACUCUCAAAAACUUGAUCGGGGCCAGAGAACUGCUGAUCUGGUUAGCAGCUUGACCAAUGCAAGGCUACUUCAGUACUAUAUAUGGGGAUAUCCAACAUUGGCAUUUCGCACUGCUUUGUCAAUUAAAGAACCCUGUUAGAACAAAGCUGCAGAACAGUUACAGUGCGAAGCAACUUUGUCAUCUGCAUACUUGUGGAAUUUAGGAGUUGCUGAUCUAAACUAUGAUUAGGGUGAUCACAUCUGCAUUUAUCCACAUAUCUGACAUUGUGUACUUCAGUUUCCAUCCCUCCCUCUCCCUCCCUUCUUUGUUUUGUUUUGCUUUUUUCCAGGGAUUUCUUGAACAGUAGCUUAUUUAUGUUUUUCGAUUGAGAUUGGCAGGGAAGGACCUCGCUUAUUCACUAUGCUGGGUGAUUCUGCAUCAGCUUGAGGCCUGAUGUCA